AUGAAUGAUUGUGGAAGUCUAUUUAAUAAAAAACUAUUUAAAAUGAAUUUAUUAUUUAAACAUUUAAAAUUACAACAACAUUUAAAAUUACAACAAAAACCAUUGUUAAAUAAUAGUAGUAUUAACAAUAAUAUAAAUAAUAAUAAUAAUAAUAAUAAUAAUAAUAAUAGUAACAACGAUAGUAAUAAUACCAAUACGAACAUUUUUAAUAACUCAUUUUUAAACAGUGACUUAAUUGAACGUUUAAUAAUUAAAUUUACAAUUGGAUAUUUAAAAAACAAUAUUACAGAGGAUUAUAUUGAACAAAUUCUUUUAGAAAAUCAAAAUAAUUUUAUAAAAAGUACAACAACAUCAAAUUAUAUUUUAGAAGAAAAUAAUAAUAAUAAUAAUAAUAAUAAUAAUAAUAAUAAUAAUAAUAAUAAUAAUAAUAAUAAUAAUAAUAAUAAUAAUAAUAAUAAUAAUAACAAUAAUAGUAGUAGUAGUAGUAGUAGUAUACUAUCCAAAUUUAAUAAAUUAGAGGAGGAUAACGAAUUAGAAUUACAAAAAAAACAAAAACAACAACUAGAACAACAAGAAGAAGAACUUUUUAAUCAAUUUAAUUUUUUAGAAGGUAUAGAAGAUCAAAACGAUUUUUUAUCAGAACAAGAAACGAUUCAAAAAAUAAAAUUCCUUAUCAAAAUGACUGCUAAAUCAAUGUCAAAUUAUAGUUCGCCAAAUACUUUAAUUCCAUCAGUUUCAAAAACUUAUAUUUCACCUUUUGGAUUAUCUUCAAAUGGUAGCACUAAUAACCACAACAACAACAACAAUAAUAAUCAUCAUCAUCAUUCAAAUAAUGGUAAUUUAAUUGAAAGUAGUAAUAAUGUAAAUAAUCAAUUAAAUGUUUCAAACUAUAAUAAUAAUAAUUCCAAUCAUUAUGAUGAAAAUAAUCAAUUCGAUAUCUUUUUAAUUCCAACUGAAAUGUUGGUACAUUUAUUAUCUUUCUUAUCUGCAAAUGAUCUUUGGAGAAUAAGUUUAACUUGUAAAAGAAUUUGGUACAUUGUUGAUGUUUUCAAAUUUUGGGAAUUAUUAUUUGAACAAACUUGUCCAAGAAUAUAUUAUGCUAUGCAAUUUAAUUCAAGAUGGUCAAAUCCAACUUCAUUUCAAUCAAAAAUGAUUUUAUGUUAUAUCGAUAGAUUACCAACUGAUAAUUAUAAAAAUUUUGAUAAAUCAGAUGAAAGUGGUCAAAUUAAAAAAAUUAUUGGAGUAAUGAAUGAAAAUUUACAUAAUCCAAUGAUUUUAAGAGAAACUUGUUAUAUUUUAAAGAGAUUAAGUUAUAGACAAAGAAAAGAGGAUGAACAUGAAAGUUUAAUUGCAAGAUAUGGUGGUAUUAGUUUAAUUUUACAAGCAAUGAAGAAUCAUCCAUAUGAUGCCGGUGUUCAAGAAGAUGCAUGUGGUGCAUUAGGAAAUUUAACUUGUGAUUCACCAAACAAUAUGGGUUUAUAUUCAAAUGAUAACUAUCUAUCAGUUGUCGAGCAAGGUGGUAUUCAAUUGAUAUUACAAGCAAUGAAAAAUCAUAUGAUGAAUCCAGGUGUACAAUAUAAUACAAGCUUUGUAUUGAGAAAUCUUGCACGUAAUGAUGUUAGUGAAAGUAGAGUGGCAAUUGAGGGUGGUAUUCAAUCGAUUGCAACCGCAAUGAAAAAUCAUCCAAAUCAUAUUGGAAUUCAAACACAAGGUUGUGGUGCCCUAAGAAAUUUAGGUUGUAACGAUAGUAAUAAGGUUUUAAGUGCAAAAGAAGGUGGUAUCGGUUUAAUUUUACGUGCAAUGAGAUCCUUUUCUUCUCAUCCUGAUUUACAAUUGAAUGGUUGUGGUGCUCUUAGAAAUUUGGCUCGUAAUGAAGAUAAUAAAAAUAUGAUCUCUCGUCAAAAUGGUAUUCAAUUGGUUUUGGGUGCAAUGUCAAAUCAUCCAGAUGAUCCAGACGUUCAAGAUGAAGGUUGUGCUGCUCUCAUCAAUUUAGCUUAUCAAGAUGAAGCAAAUGAAGAAACAAUUGCUCGUGAAGGUGGUAUCAAUUUAAUCCUAAAGGCAAUGAGAAAUCAUCCUUUCCAUAGUGGUGUUCAAAUGCAAGGUAGAGGUGCCUUGAAAAACCUUUCAUGUAAUCCUAAAAAUAAAUUAACAAUAGCUCGUUCUGGUGGUAUUGAAUUAAUGAAUAUCGCUAUGCAAAAUCAUCCAAAUUUUGCAAAUAGAUUCUUAGAAUUAUCAAGAAUACUUCAAGUAGCAUUAGAAGAUGGAAAUAUUUAA